AUGGCGGCGACGGCGGCGCCCGGAAGGCCGCGGCGGCGUCCAGGCUACUGAGGCGGGCUCCGGGGAGCUGACGGCGGACCGGCCGAGCUAAGGGCCGGAGGACGGGCGGCCGCGGCCUCUGUGCGCCUCGCGGCCGGGGCUGGGCCGUGUGGCGGCAGCGGCAGCGGGGGAUGCUCGUGUUGGGCCCGGCCUCUCCCUCCUCAACUUAGGGCGGCGGCCGGCCCGCGCCCUGGCUCCCGGGCCAUGGCGCUGAGGGAACUCAAAGUGUGUCUGCUUGGGGAUACAGGUGUAGGAAAAUCGAGUAUUGUAUGGCGGUUUGUGGAAGACAGUUUUGAUCCAAACAUCAACCCAACAAUAGGGGCAUCUUUUAUGACCAAGACUGUCCAGUACCAAAAUGAGCUACAUAAAUUCCUAAUCUGGGAUACAGCUGGACAAGAACGAUUUCGUGCCUUAGCACCAAUGUACUAUCGAGGGUCGGCUGCAGCUAUAAUCGUUUAUGAUAUCACAAAAGAAGAGACAUUUUCAACGUUAAAGAAUUGGGUAAAAGAGCUUCGACAGCAUGGCCCACCUAAUAUUGUAGUUGCUAUUGCAGGAAAUAAGUGUGACCUUAUCGACGUAAGAGAAGUCAUGGAGAGAGAUGCUAAGGACUACGCCGACUCCAUUCAUGCAAUUUUUGUAGAGACCAGCGCAAAAAACGCGAUAAACAUAAAUGAACUCUUUAUAGAAAUUACAGUGUUAAUGUGAUGGCACUAGACUGGAGAAAGACUGCUGCAUACCUUUGGGAUCCUCUACAGAUUGCAUCUAUGUUUAUUCAUUUCAUUCAAAUUCAUCAAAAUAUUUAUUGGGAGCUGUACCAGGCUCAGGGGAGACAGCCGUGAAGAAGAUAGAUGCAGCCCUUUCUCUCCUGGAGUGCACAUUCUACAGAGGGAGACAGGCAGUGAACACCAAAUAAAUAGGAUCAUUUCAGAUAAAAAUAAGUAAUAUGAAGAAAAUAAUUUAUAGGAUGAAGUGAAAGAAUGUCUGCAGGUGAUCGGGGAAGGCCUCUCAGAGGAAGUGCUCUCAGAGCUGAGGGAGCAAGCGCUGCAGAGAUGUGAGGAUUUGCAUCAGAAUUCCAGAGGGGGAGAGCCACAGUGCACUUACGCAUUAAGAUCCGCUGUAGGAUUGAGAUCCAAGGUGACUGAAGCUGGGAGGGCUUUUGGCCAUUGUGCAGAGGGAGGGGCAUGAAGCCCAGUGCCCACCAAGGCCAGGCAGGGGUAGCCCAUGAGCAGAGCAGGCUGGGGGACUCCGACAGGUGGCAGGUCAGGCCCAGCGCCAGCAGUUGGGGCCACUCUGGAAUAUGGGCCCCUGGUUGCCUAAUUGCUGGGAGUUAUUUUCAGAUUUUUUUUAUACAUCUCAUGUUUAGAGUUGGCCACUAAUUUGAAUAUUUUCAGAGUACUUUGUAGACCUAAGGAGCCCACUUGCCACCAGUAGACUGCUGAUUGCACCCCCCCAUGUCAACUCCUUCAUUUCAACAUUUAAAAGUCAUGAUGUUUGUUGUUGUCCUAGAUGUCAAUAGCAGGUACCCAAAUACAUUCUUGAAAGGCAAUGUAAGGCCAGUUGCAAAUUUUUCACAGUUCAAGCUUGAAUAUCUAAGUGUGUGAUGUCUUGAGUAUGUUAAAAUUAUCUUUUUUUCUCUUUUAAAGUGUUCUUUACUAUGGCAGUAUUAAAAACAGGAAGGUGGUGAACUGUACCAGCAGUGAAAAUUCUUAUGUAAAAACUAGUCUGUACAUACUAAUUUUAGCUGUGAAAAAUAAAAACUUGUAUGUUCACAAAGAUUAGAAAACUCAGGAGAGAUGUAAAUAGACUUUAUUGUUGACUGGAUGUUGUAAAAUUACAUGAACACAGUGCCUGGCACGCUUUGUACUAAAGCAUAAUAGAUACACAGAGACGUGCACAUGUCAGAACCGCAAAGCUCAGUGAAUUUUCACAAAUUGAAUAUACUCCCGUGCUUGGCAUUUAGGUUGGGACAUGGCAGUUCCUACACCCCCAGGGGUAACUAACCACCAUCCAUCCUGACUACUAAUUCUUCAGAUUAUCGUUGCCUGUUUUGGUUUUACAUACAUUUUGUACUUUAUAUUUUUUAAAACAUACUGUUUCCUC